CCAGCAUUCAGGUGCAAGCCUACGUGACAUAUGCAUAGCUUUUUUGUGUCUAGCGAGCGCCACUGAUUUUGCUUCAAGAUGCAGUCUGAAUUAGAAUUGAGAAAAUACAGUGUCCAAUUUUUACAGCUGAUGCUGAAAGAAGCAAAUAAGGUGAUCCACGACGAGAGUAAGCAACAGGAACUUAGGGAGAGAGCCCAAGAGGAGAAGGAAAAGCUUGAGAGGGAGUUAGAGGUCCGAGCAGGUCUAGACGAGAUCAAGAGGAUGCACACCAGAGCUCUUAAUGAUCUGUAUAUUAGUGGAGACAACGCAUUCGAGCGACGUUUGUAAAUGUUUAGUGCAUUUUCAAAUAUAUGGAGUUAAAGUCAUUUGAUUAAUAGAUUAUUUUCAGAUGUACA